AUGGACCAGCAAGAAACUUCAGAGAACCCUAAUGAUGGAGAAAUCGAAUUCCUGGAGGAUGAUUUUGAGGAAGUUGUAGACUUUGGCGAUGAAGGCGACAACGGUGAAGGUAUAUAAAAAUGCACGUGGGAAUGAUCUAAGAAAUGCCCAUAAAUCAAUAGAUUGUUGUCAUCAUUUUUGUCGAUUGUGGGUUUAUAUAGAAACAAAAUAUUUCCAUUUCAUACCAGUAGUAGUGCAUAUUACGUUACGCGCUCGCCCUCUAGCGUUGAGUGUAGUAGGUGAAAUAAAAUGUAAAAUUAAUUAUUACACUAAAGUGGAUGGAAUAGCCUCGGACAGGCCUUUCUUAUAGCUUGUAUGUUUUGUUUCCCCAAUCCAGACCACGUGUUCGAAAUGGGAAAGCAAAACACACAAGCUUGAUUUGUGACAAAAAUCGCUUUGUAAGGAAAUGUUGACCUGAAGUUAUCAUUAUCAUUUUUGCCAUUGAUUCUCACAGUCUCGUUGAGCUCGUAUUCAGUGUAAAAAAAAGGAGUGAUGUAAAACAGGAGUCAAAACAUCAGAGGCUAGGGAAAACAAGCAAAAAAAUCCCUUUAUGCACAGAUGAUGACAGGCUUUAUAACCAACUAAAUCAUCACCAUCAUUCUUUUUGUUAUCCUUGUAAUCAACCAUGUACAUUUCCACUUAGUUAAUCAUACUGCUAAUCACCACCAUCAUCACGGUCAUCAUCAUCAUCAUCAUCCUCAUCAUCAUCCUCAUCAUCCUCAUCAUCAUCAUCUACAUCAUUAGUAUCCUCAUUGAUGUAUUUCAUUUUAUUAUAUUGUCAUUAUCUUUACUGUUAUCAUGCAUAACUAUUGUUAUUUUUCAGUAAUUUUUUUUUUUUUUUAUCAGAUGGACUGGCCAUUGGGAUAGAAGAUGUUGAUGUCGGUGAAGAAGGGGAUGCAAAUGGUGACAUGUAUGCAAAAGAUGAAAAAGAUGAUGCGGAAUUGUGCUACAUGAAGCAUACAGGUAAUACAUAUAACAUUAACAUGUACUAAACUACAAGAAAAUUGUCCCCUUUACAGUUAUAAGUGAGAUGAAUGGCAGGCCAGGGAACUCCCCAGUUUCUGCUCUGCUCCCUGUAUAUUUACGCUCUGACUGGAUUGAUUUGCUCUCCUUCAUGCAAUUAACGAAGGACUGUUCUAGGGUUCAUGAUGUAUGAUACAACUAUUUCUUUUUCUCAUUAAAAAGUAACUCAAAAAUGGAUGGGGAACAAGUUUUUGACAUAAUUUUGCUCUUAUGCAAUUAUGUUAUUGAUCAAAAUAAAAUUCAGGUUAAAAUAUUUAUUUUUUAACCUACCGUGAAUCCAAAAAAGCUAAAUAAAUAAAUGAAACUUGUGUACAUGACAUAGAGUGCAUGUGUUAUUUCAAUACAGUGAACAUACUAACCAGUUAUAAUGCAUGCAUUUAUUCAGCCAUGAACAUUAAUUUUAUUAUAGCUGAUUUUUUUGUUAAAUGUCAAUGUUGUCAUCAGCUUCAAUAUUCUCAGUGUCACUGGACCCAGUUAACAAUUCUAUGGCAGUUACUGGAGGCGAAGAUGACAAGGCGUAUGUUUGGAGAAUACAAGAUGGAGAGACACAUAUGGAAUGUCUUGGUAGGUUUUGAUAAAGUGGAGGACAUUAUGGGCCAAAUAUUUAAACGAAGUCUAACUUAAGCCACGGUUUAACGAAUCUUUGAACCUCCAGAUCUCAGUCUUUGGUGGGUUGUUUUAAGAAGAUUAAUGUUUUUCUAGUGUUCUCUGUAUGCUUUCAUAAAACUGUUGAUGACAAAUGAUGUUUCAGUUUAGUUAAAAUCGUUGGGCAAAUUGAAAAUGACUUAGAACGCGGUUUUAUUAAACACUGGCUAAACUACGUUUAAAUAUUUGGCCCUAUGCGUGUUGAAGUAAAUCAGCAAAUACUGCCAUGCUCUGUCAAAAAAACUCAAAUACUUUAAUACAAUUCUUCAGUUAAUUAAAUGACUAAAACAACUAACUACACCAUAUAAGAAAUUAUUUGCAAUGUAACUGCAAAUAAAUUCCAGCUUACCAAAAUGAAAGCUAGCCUCAUUUCAGAUAGGAGCAAGCAAAAUACUGUAUUUUCAGCUUACUGCACACUGGCAACACACCCUCUCCCCCACUAAGCAUUUGAUAAAUGGAAGUUUCUCUUGUCUUUUUUUGUCAUAAAGGUCACAAGGACUCUGUGACUUGCACAGCAGUCAGCCAUGAUUCUAAGUUUGUUGCCACUGGAGACAUGAGUGGUCUGAUCUUAGUCUGGGAUGUUGCAACAAAAAAGCAAGUUUGGAACUUUGAAACCACAGAUCUAGAGGUACAAUUAAAAACUUACAUGUACAGUUGCUGUUGAACUGUACUUAAAUCUAUAAAGGUACACUGAGGAGUGAGGGAGGACCUACAAGCUGACCAAUGUAAAGAAGAACUUCAUUUUAUAAUAAAUUACAUACUAUAUUCUUCACUGAGCAUAACCUACCUGUGUUCGGUCUAUGUUUACUUUAAACCCAACUAAGAUUACUUAAUCUUUGGAUCUUAAAUUGUUUUGCAACAAUGCUGAAUGUUUAUUUUGGAGUCUGAUACUUCAGCAAUGCAAGAUUUAUGUAAUUUGUGAUGUAGUAUUUCGACCAUUUACAUCCAUCUCACUGACUUCUUGCUUUAUGUACAUGUAGUAUUAGUAGUAGUUAUCAUCAUUAUUGUUAUUGUCAUCCUUAUUCUUGCUAAUUUUUGGAUGUCUGGUGAUUUAAAUAUUAGGGACGACACGUGUAUAAAUUAGUGCAAGAUAUAAAAGGAAGAAAUAUCUACGUACGAAACAGCACUGUCACAAUAAAUAAUGAUUACUUCUGAGGCCUGAACUCCUGUGAAGUUGUAGAUAAUAUUUUAUUCAUAAAUAGAAGUUAAAACUAAACAAGUAGAAGAACAUAGAUAAUAUUUAAACUUAAGUUGUUAUUUCUGCUUUUCAGUGGUUAGAGUGGCACAAGGAAGCUCAUGUAUUGCUUGCUGGAACAGUUGAUGGUAGCGUGUGGAUGUGGAAAAUACCCAGUGGAGAUUGCAAGACUUUUCAGAGUCAUGGAUGCAGAUCAACUUGUGGAGUACUCAUGAAAGAUGGUACAGGAAUAUAUAUAUAUUUUUAAUUUAAUCACUUCUACCAUAUGAGGUGGAACACAGCAGAACAGGGUUCUAAUUUAAGCAUGUUCUUACAGAUAACCCACCCAGCCCAGAAGAGGUUGGCCACACCACCGGGGUAUACACUCCUACUCUAUUUGAACAGUGGUGUGAUUUCUUUUACAUCACUCAAGAAUCAGAUAAGUGAAAGUGCUGUGAGACGGGACCUACAGUUUUUCAUCCUUGUUCGAGAAGAGUAGAAAGUCUAACCAUUUGCAGAAGUCGUUGUAAAGGCAACAAUGUCUCCUCAGUUAUUUUAAAGACCAUGAGUGCUGGUCCGGCCGGGGUUUGAACCUGCAACCACCCUCUCAACAGAGGGGUGCUCUCCCAACUGAGCUAACCACGUGGUGGUUUCUGAAAAUUAAAAGUUUAGACAUACCCCCUGGAACAGUGAUAGAGUACUAGUAUAGUAGAGAGACUAUGAUAGGGUAAAACUCCAACAAGCAACAUGACCUUGAAACAAAUGACAUAAGACAGCUGAAAUGGCAGCGAACAAAUUUCAUACAAAUUACCGUAUUGAUAACUUCAUCCCCAGGUAAAAGAGCUACUGUAGGAUACGAGGAUGGCAGCCUUAAACUUUGGGAUUUGCGACAAGGAAUUCAUACCUUCCAUCUAUCAGGUAACUACAGAAACUUUCAUCAGUAACAUUGGUAUUGACAGUAACAUUCUGGAAUUGAGAUUUAGCAUAGCAUUAACUCUUACUUUACUUUGACCAUGUUUUUAUUUACGUCAAGGCAUACACUGGACAUUGACACUUGUAAUGAUAUACAGUCGACUCUCUCUUAAUGGACACCUCUAUAAGAUGGACACCUCUGUAAAACGGACACCUAGAGUUGGUCCCUGCCUUUCUUUACCCCUUUUAUUUGACUCUUAAGAUAAACAUCUUUCUAAGAUGGACACUUAGUACUGGUCCCAAAGGUGUCCGUCUUAGAAAGAGUUGAGUGUAGUUAUUAUCUGACAUUCGUUAAUGUUGAUAUCUCAGACAUGGACACUAAUGAUAAGGAUGACAGUUAUGCUGACAUUAUCAUGAACAUCACCAACAGAAUCCUCAUAAUGUUACUGUCAUCCUCAUUAUCUGUCAACAUCACCAUCAUCAUCUCUCAUCAUCACUCAUCGCUCAUCAUCAUCAUCAUCAUCAUUGUCCACUCCCUAUAUCCACUUAGUUGGACAGUAAGAAACAUUGACAUUGACAUGUACAGUUACAUAAUUAUCAUAUCCUAAAUACAGUCAACUCUCUGUAAGAUGGACACCUUCGGGACCGGCACUAAGUGUCCGUCUUAGAGAGGUGUCCGUCUUAUAGAGAGUCAAAUAAAAGGAGUAAAGAAAGGCAGGGACCAACUCUAAGUGUUUGUAUUACAGAGGUGUCCGUCUUAUAGGGGUGUUCGUUAAAAGAGAGUCGACUGUAUGGGUUUUCUAUGAAUCAAACAAUAAUGUAACUUUGUAGAUGGGACUGCACAUCAGGGAUCAAUAACUUGCAUAGAUGGAAACAGAGAUAACGUGCUUGUAGCAACAGGAUCAGAAGACUCUACUGUCAAAAUAGUGAACACCAACACUGGCAAGGUAAUUAAACAGGUCACAGAAAAAAAUCGCUAAGAACAAAAUGUCUUAAAAACCACUUAACAUGCAUGGUACACAGGAUAUGUUUGUGGGAGGGUAAAGACUAAGUGGAUUCAAAGAAAUGGUACAUUUUUGUAUCUCUAAACUCGACAUUGAAUCACAACUUUUUUGCAUGGAACAAGAGCGGCAGAAUUGAGAGUAACUGUUGAACUGUUGUGAGUAGAAGUGGAAACUUCUUAAUGAUCACUUUGUUAUUUUGCCCAGCAAGAAAAAUAAUUUUUGUAGCUUACAUGAAUCAUGUGCAAUUUUCUUAUCAAAUGUUUUUUUAAACACAGGUGUUAAGUACAUUAGCUGCUGGAUUUCAAGAAAAUGGCGAUGGAGAUUCUCCUCCCUCCAUUGAAGCUGUUGGAUUCUCUCCUCAGUAAGACAGUAACUUUAAUCCAAUAGCCUCAUUUUCACCUAAUGUUUCAGCAAGAGGUUGUAAAUUUUUUUCUCAGUCAACUCUUUAACUCCCAAAAGUGACCAACACACUUUACUGAAUUUGCCACAGUAACUCAACAUGGUGACAGCUGAUAUCAACCCCUAUUACCCAGUCGAUGAAAGCUUGUACAUAUACCUUAACAAUCUCCUGUAAAAAAUAUAUACUCAUGAUCAUGAGAGAAGGUUACAAGAAUUAUCACCAAAGAGAAAAAUUAAUGGUUUGAUCUUUUUUCAAAAUCUUUCAACUAAUGCUUUAAGGAAAUGUAUGGAGAUCAGAAUGAAGAAUUUGUAUGUAGAUAUUAGGGCUUCCCACUCCCACUGGAGUCUGUGUUAUAAAGAGUUGACUGUAAUCAAGGAAGAGCCCCUUACAAGCUCCUACUACAUCUUCACAGGCAUCCCACUUACCUAAGUGCCAAUAACUUGUAGAGGACUUUUAAUAGACUCUUUCUUUGCCCCACACUCGUGACAUUUUGGUAAUCAAAUCUUGCACAUUUAUCUUCACCAUCGACAUUCUUUAUUUUAGGCCAAUAUUUAAUUAGUUCACCCCAUUAUUUUAGUCACAGACAGCCCAUUUUUUCACACCAUUCUAGCACAGACAAACCAUUAAGCCAAGUUUACACUGUUUCUUCACAGUCAACCCAUGCUGGCAACUGCAUCCUUGAGUGGAGUACUUGGAGUGUGGGAUUUAUCAUCAUACAGACUUCGACAACAAUGUAAACACCCUGUAAGUACAGUGAAAUGUGUUACAUGCAUUUCUCGAGGAGAAUAAUACCACAACAGGCAAGCAGAUGGCAAGCAUACCCAUCUCUUUUGUGUAAGAGUCCCUCUCUAGAGUGAUCAAUUCAUCUAAGUUUUAUUUUUUUUUAAUGUUACAGGGUGGAAUAGUUCGACUCAAGUGGGACUCAGCAGCCCCUCUUAUAUACACAGGCUGCCUGGAUGGAGUCAUCAGACUGUGGGACAGUCGGUCUGGAAACUGUGAAAGAGAGUGGUAUGGACAUAGUGGAGAGAUCCUAGAUCUUGCUGUAGCAAGGUAGGUUAAUAUUAUUACAGUUUAUUAUAUGGUUACAAUAGUACACACACUCUGAUUGGGUGUUUUCUUGUGAUGACCGGGCAUUAUUAGCUAGGUGUCCAAGGUAUAUACAAUCUGUGUUUAGGAUGAUACUAGACAUCCUUAUGGACAUCAAUGUUAUGAUCAAUUGACAGCUGUCAAAAAGGGUAUCCACUGACCAGUGUCACCUGUCUGUAUCAUGGCUCAAGUGUACGACUCGUUGAGGUGUGACGUGUUUUUUAAAAGUUAUCUGCUGACCAAUUGUUAGUUUUAAAUGAUCGCAAUGAAAAGGCCAUGUAAUAAAUAACUUAUUAACCUCGUCUGUUUCGUCAUUAGAAGGGAAUCUCAGAAGAUGAGUCCUAGGACUCACCAUAACUAUUUGCAACAAAAUCACUGCUUUGCUACUAGCGUGAGUACACUAUAACAUCGGAAAUUAUUUCUUGUUGCAGAGAUGGAAGCUUUCUGGUGACAGGAUCUGGGGAUGGUACAGCAAGAGUAUUCACAGUACAAACGCCAGGGAGAUGA